CAAACCCCUCUCACCUCUCAAAAACCCUCGCCCCACGAUCAGCUUUUCCCUCUCUUCCCUCUGUUCAGUUCUUCAUUUUCCCUUCUCCCACUGCACCCUAAUCUUCCUGCAGAAAUCAUCUCUCCACAGCCCCAACUUCCCGGGAAAAUGAGCACCGAAUUGCCAAAGCAAAAAACUUUCCCGUCAUCCAAACAAUUCACGCAAAUCAAUCUUCACCAAGCCUUCGCAACUCUCCAAAACUGUUGCUCAACCAUGGUCCAAAAUCUCUCUCAACUCACUCUCUUCAAUCUUAAUCCUUCUUCCUUCCAAAACCUCCAAGCCCAAACAAAACAUGCAAUCGACACCACAAUCUCUCACUUAAACCCACCUCCUCUUUCUUUAUCCAAAAACCCAUUUUGGGCUCGAAUUGCUACCCAAUUGGAGCCUAUUCGCCAAUCCAGGGCUGCUGCUUUGCCUACUGAAACAAUUGAAGAGAGAUUAGCAGGUGUACCUGUGUAUGCGUUAAGCAAUCCAAAUGAAGAAUUUGUGUUGGUUACUGGAGCUUCCACGGGGAAGUCUCUUGGAUUGCUUUGUUUUAAGAAAGAAGACGCAGAGGUGCUUCUUGAGCAAAUGAAGAGUAUGGACCCUAGUAUGCGAAAAAGCGGGUCUAAGGUGGUUCCUGUUGCUUUAAACAAGGUUUUUCAGCUAAAGGUUCAAGGGGUGGCAUUUAGGUUGAUACCAGAGUCAUCCCAGGUCAAGAAUGCACUUAAGGAGAGAGAAAAGGCUGGGUUUUCUGAUGAUGCCUUUCCUGGGGUUCCAGUUUUCCAGUCGAGAAGUUUGGUAUUGAAAAGCGAAAACAAGAGUUAUCGUCCGGUAUUCUUUAGAAAGGAGGAUCUAGAAAAAUCUCUUUUGCGGGCUUCACGUCAGCAGAAAAAGUUAAAUCCUGCAUUCAGGCAGGGGGAUAUUCAGGUUGCUGUUUUUGAAGAAAUAAUCAAGUCUAUGAAGGAGAGUUCUACUUCGACAUGGGAUGAUGUUGUAUUUAUCCCUCCUGGUUUUGAUGUUUCAACUGGUACUGCCUAGCAAUAGGCAGUUGCAAAUGAGUAGGUGAUGACAUUUUCGAUAGUCGAUUGUGUAGUAUGUACAUUCAAAUAAUCAUGCAAAUGCAAUUUAAAUGUGCUAACUUCAUUUGAGUCUUCUA